AUUGUUUUGUAAUGGAACAAGCGAAACGGAGCACGCCGAGCGAGGAGCACAAGUGUAAGAGUCCUUUAGCGUGCAAUUCCUGGAGAUGUAGAACUCCGGUGAAGCAGAACGCUCAUUUGAAGCGCCUAACGUAUCAGAAUAAUACGCAACGGUUGCCGUUUGCUGUUCUGCCGAAUCAUAACACACCCCCAUCCAAGUUGAGGAAGUUCAUUACUAAAAACCCGUUUGAGCCUGACUUGAUUAACAGACUGCACAUGUCAGCAAUCAGCCCAACUCUAUUUACUAAGGUCCCCAGCCCUAUGCAACAAUCAUCAGAGUUUACGUGGAGCAUAGACGAAUUGGCUCACAUAAAACCAGUAAAGAUCGAAGAAUCUCCCAUGCAACAAAUGUAUUCUCCAGAACCAGAAUUGGAGAGGAGAGCCCAGGCAGCUAUAGAUCGGUUUUUUAAGCAGAAUCAAAUAAUUCCUAGUCCUUGGGGCAUCAAGCGGAAAGACAAUAAACCACCAUUUUUAUCUUUAGACACUCCCAAUAAGUCCUUAAGUCAUUUAAACUCUAUCCAGGAAGUUUCGAAAUCUACAAAAGAUGCAUGGAGUCAGACAAUAUUAUCUCUACCUCUGGAGCUGCCUCAGAAUGUAGAAGAAAUGUUGAAGCCCUUCUUUACUUUUACUCAGGAACAGAAUGCAGACUAUGAUGAUGCAAAUUUGAGUAACAAUUCACUGAGAAGAAAAUUAUUUGUCUGUCAGGACGAAGGUACUGACAAUGAAAGUUUUAUGUCAUUGUCACCAGUAAAAACAAGUGAAUCCAUGUUGUUAGUGCACAGCCCUCCUCAAAGUGGUAUGUUUGUUCAUGGUACUCCAUUAAAGACGCUGCUACAAUUUAGGCGGCAAAGCAAUAAUUCCUCCGUAAUAAUAUCUGAAAACUUAUCACCUAAUAUGUCACCAAUACAAAACGCUGAAAAUAAUAGGUUGUACGAAAAAAUUGAACAUUGCUCUAAUUCAGGCACCCGACUAAAUUUCGCGAUAGAUAUGAACAUAAAUGGUGUAAUCGAGGAAAAAAAUUCAAGUUUGAUUAAUGACUAUCAUUCGUUAGAUAUAUACGAUAGCGAAAAUGACGUAAAAUGUACCAAGGACAAUGGUAAAUUGAUAAUUAUAAAUAAUGAUAAAACAAAUGCAUGUGAUUCUGUUAACAUGGAGGAAACGAAAAGUAUAAAUUCACUUGAUAAUACUAUACACUCUAAUGCCAUCGUACUUACUGAUGAAGGUUAUAAUAAUGAGACUAGUUUAAAAAUUGCGCCGGAAACUACAAGUUUCUCACGCAAGGGUCAUAAAUGGAGUAAUAUAAUGUCUGGUGCGUUCGAGCAACAAAGUAUCUUAAACUUUGUUCAAGAGAGAGACACUGGUUACCAAACUUCUAGCAUGAAUAGUAUAAUGCACACAGUAGAUAGUUAUAAUACUUCAAUGACUCAAAAAUCUCUUUCGAAUGAAAGAAUGACGUCCAGGGAUAAUGUUCAAUUAUCUUGGAAGGAAAAUAUAACGAACGUAUUUAGUUCUACGCCUUCUAAAUAUAAUAAAGAAAGAGAAAGUGGAACUUAA